AUGGGAGAAGAUGGGCUUCGAGACCGUCUAAGAAACCUGAGUGUGCCCAAGUCCAUGGGACCUGAUGAGAUGCAUCCGAGGGUCGUGAGCGAACUGGCAGAUGAAGUUGCUAAGACACUCUCCACCAUAUUUGAAAAGUCGUGGCAGACUGAGCACUCUGCUGACUGUGCAUCCUGUAUAAGUGCAGACAUGGCCUCUCCGGAUGCUGAGAUGGCUGCCUUUGGGGAAGCAGCUCCUUACCUCCGAAAAUCAGAGAAGGAGAGAAUUGAGGCCCAGAACAAGCCUUUUGAUGCCAAGACAUCCGUCUUUGUGGCUCAUCCUAAAGAAUCCUUUGUGAAAGGGUCAAUCCAGAGCAAAGAAUCAGGGAAGGUCACUGUCAAGACUGAAGCUGGAGAGACCCUGACCGUGAAGGAAGAUCAGGUCUUUUCCAUGAACCCUCCCAAGUAUGAUAAAAUUGAGGACAUGGCCAUGAUGACCCACCUCCAUGAACCCGCUGUGCUGUACAACCUCAAAGAGCGUUAUGCAGCCUGGAUGAUCUACACCUACUCGGGUCUCUUCUGUGUCACUGUCAACCCCUACAAGUGGCUGCCGGUGUACAACCCGGAGGUGGUGUUGGCCUACCGAGGCAAGAAGCGCCAGGAGGCCCCUCCACACAUCUUCUCCAUCUCUGACAAUGCCUAUCAGUUCAUGCUAACUGAUCGCGAGAACCAGUCAAUCCUGAUCACCGGAGAAUCCGGUGCAGGGAAGACUGUGAACACAAAGCGUGUCAUCCAGUACUUUGCAACAAUUGCAGCGAGUGGGGAGAAGAAGAAGGAGGAGCAGCCUGGCAAAAUGCAGGGAACGCUUGAGGAUCAAAUCAUCAGCGCCAACCCACUGCUGGAGGCCUUUGGAAACGCCAAGACUGUGAGGAACGACAACUCCUCACGCUUUGGCAAAUUCAUCAGAAUCCACUUUGGGGCCACAGGCAAACUGGCUUCUGCUGACAUUGAAACCUAUCUGCUGGAGAAGUCCAGAGUCACUUUCCAGCUCAAGGCAGAAAGAAGUUACCACAUAUUUUAUCAGAUCAUGUCCAACAAGAAGCCGGAGCUGAUUGACAUGCUCCUCAUUACCACCAACCCUUUUGAUUUCCACUAUGUGAGUCAAGGUGAGGUCACUGUUCCCAGUCUAGUAUUGAUGACCAGGCUCAUGGCUACAGAUAGUGCCAUUGACAUCCUGGGCUUCACUGCUGAUGAAAAGACUGCCAUCUACAAGCUGACAGGGGCUGUCAUGCACUACGGGAACUUGAAGUUCAAACAGAAGCAACGAGAGGAGCAGGCAGAGCCCGAUGGCACAGAAGUGGCUGACAAGGCUGCCUACCUGAUGGGCCUGAACUCAGCUGAAUUGCUCAAAGCCCUGUGUUACCCCCGAGUCAAGGUUGGGAACGAAUUCGUGACCAAAGGUCAAACUGUAGAACAGGUGAACAAUGCAGUUGGUGCCCUGGCAAAAGCUGUCUAUGAGAAGAUGUUCUUGUGGAUGGUUAUUCGCAUCAACCAACAGCUGGACACCAAGCAACCCAGACAGUACUUCAUUGGUGUCCUGGACAUUGCUGGCUUUGAGAUCUUUGAUUUCAACAGCUUUGAGCAGCUGUGCAUCAACUUCACCAACGAGAAACUGCAACAGUUCUUCAACCACCACAUGUUCGUGCUGGAGCAGGAAGAGUACAAGAAGGAAGGGAUUGAAUGGGAGUUCAUUGACUUUGGGAUGGACCUGGCGGCUUGCAUCGAGCUCAUUGAGAAGCCCAUGGGCAUCUUCUCCAUC